GAAUAUGCCACUUUGCAUAUGGCAACUAGUAAAGCUAAGGCUUCAGAAGAUGAUUAUAAUAUGGAGAGGAAUGUUUCUGACAGAUCUAGUGCUUUCACAAACGUGAGAGAUAAAGCGAACAAUAAUACUUGUACUAAUGGUGAUACAAGUAGGUAAGACAAAAGUAUACUUUUGCCAUCUCCUACAAAAUCUCUUGAUAAUGUCAGCAACAACACAUCAGAAGAAAGCCUCAGAAGUAACCUUGUGGAAAACAACCCUCAGAGGUCACAUUCCAUGGCAGAAAAAGCUCCACAAAGAAGAAUCAGAUCCACGUUUAGGCUAACUAAUGAUCCACAAACUGGUUCUCUGUAUCAUCCCAGUGCCUCCAAAGAUACACAACUUGGGCAAAAGAAUUCAGUGGUUAACAACAUACAGAAGAGCUCUAGUUGUGAUGAUACAUCUGUUAUGACUAAAGCAGAUCUAGGAUCAAGUAUGCCUUUACCACGGUACAGAAGCAUUGAGCCCAACAUGCCCAAAGUGCAGACUUCAAAGCCCUUAUUUGCAGGUGAUAAUAGUUACAGAAGUGUAGAGAAAAGCUCUGGGAAAACAGAUUUAUCCAAAAGCUCUUUUCCUCGUUCCCAGUCCACUGGUAAUUCACAAGGGCUGGAAGCAAAAUUUGGAAUAUCUCACCCUAGUAAAUCUGAAGACACCAAGGGAUCACGUGAGUUUGAGGAAGAUGAUUCCUUCUUUGAUACUCUCCUCAGUACCCUUCCUGAAGAAGAGAUUAUUUUUGGUACUCAGAAAAAUUCCAAGGCCACUGGGGUUCAAAACAGUAAAACACAUUUUGCAAAAGAGAUGGUAACGACUUCCAAAAAUAUGCAUAAUAGCAGUGUGAAUAAUGCUGAAAAGAGUAAAGUAUUUAGUAGAUGGAGUGAUAAAAGAAAGAGUAGUAACAGUUGUGUCAAGGAUAUUAAUAAUCAAAAUAGAAAUCCUCAAUCAUCUAAAGUGUUGGACUCAAGUAGUGUGAACAGCAUCAAAGGAAAUAUGCAGUCAAAAGGACAUUCUAUGCCAGGUAAAAAGAGUAUGACCGCAAGCCCUGCUAAAUCUCCUAGUAUGGGAAUGUCAGCCUUGAAGCUGAGUACUUAUUCAGAAUCCAACGAGGAAAUGGACAGCAUGUCAGCUCUGUGCAAUUCUACUAUUAAGCAAGACUUUCAAGGAACGUCACAUGCUGGUGAUAUAUCGGAUGAUGAUCUCUUUGAGGACGAUGUCUUGUCACUUAUUGAUGAAGUAGAAUUUUGGGAGUCAGCCAUUAACUUCAGCAGCACCUAGCUCUCAGUCAUCCCAGUUAUCUUUGUCGCAACAAAGCAAGUGUACCUCGGAGGAAAUCGCCAAAAAGAAGGAAGAGGAACAACGCAGAGGGGAAGAGAGGUUGAAGAAGGAAGAGAUGGCUAAGAGGGAAGAACCACACCACUUUAGAGAAGUGGGAGCAGCUCAGUACACUGCAGGAGUAGAAAGAAAGAAGAAUGAAGUAAACUGUCAGGUUGAAGCACUGAAAAAGGAUGCAGCCGUAUGUUUGAGAGAAGAGAAACAAAAGUCAGAGAUGGAAAGACCAAAAGUAGAACCUGUUUUCCUUAGAGAAGAAAGGUUAAAGGUAGAGGAAAUUGCAAGAAAGAGGGACGAAGCUCAGCGUAGGAAGGAGGAAGGCUGAAAAGCUCAAAAU